UAGGUAGAUGCCGCUUACGUGGCCCAAAUCCUUGCCGCUCAUUUUCAUGGCGGCGGCGCCACUCUUCCUUGUGUGGGCUCCGGCGAGAGCUCUGCUUGGAGCAGCUGUUUCCAGGUUGCCAUCAAGCACGACUCGGUUGCUCUCAUACUCUCAGAACAAGGUGCGGCGGCGCCGGGGUGCUUCAACGGCCUCACGGACGCUCUCAUGCAGCAGCAGCAGCAGCAGCAGUACGGCGGUGGAGGAUGGAGCCGCGAAAGUGAUUGUUAUCGCAGGUCCCACAGCCACUGGGAAGUCAUCCAUCGCGCUGGCCCUCUGCAGGGAUCUUGGUGGAGAGAUCGUGUCCUGCGACUCGGUUCAAGUUUAUAGAGACGUCUUCAUUGGCUGCAACAAGCCGUCGCCAGAGGAGAUGAAAGAGGUGCGCCAUCACCUCGUGGACGUGGCACCCCUCGACGAAACGUUCACAGCCGGUGAUUUCGUGCAACGAGCUGAAGCGGCAAUAGACGACAUCUUGUCGCGUGGGAGAGUGCCGGUGGUGGUUGGGGGCACGAUGAUGUACCUCCAUUGGCUUGUGCAUGGCAAACCGGACGCGCCCAAGAAGGAUCCCGCGGUGGCGCAGGCGGUGGCGACGGAGCUACUCCCGUUCCAUGAUCGGGGGGAUUGGGAUGGCGCUUUGGAGCUCUUGGCAGCGGUGAAUUCGAGGCGGGCGGCCUCGAUGGCGAAGAAUGACUGGUAUCGCCUAUCCCGUUCUCUCGAGGUGCUCCGUGUCCCGAACGACACAGGCGAAGAGGUGUUUACCGGGGUACGAGCGCCCAUCAACAAGAAGUACGACUUCCGCUCGUUCUUCAUAAUCGGAGACAGGGAGCGUCUGUUCAGGCGCAUCGACAAGAGGUGCGAAGAGAUGCUGAUGCGGGGGCUCCUCCCAGAAACCGCGGGUCUUCUCGUGAGAGGGAUGCUGGACCCCGCUUCCCCCGCAGGCCGGGCGAUCGGCUACCGGCAGGCCAUCGACUUCCUGCAUCAAGAGGCAAGACUAGCGGACGAUUUGAGGCCAGCAAUCGCCGGCGCCAGCGGUAGCGCCGACGCCAACCGUGAAGCUACAGAGGUAACAGCAACAGCAGCGGCGGACCCCGAGACUAGGUUCCUGGAGUUCUUCCUCACGUUCGCCGCGAAGACGCGGCAGUACUCGGGCGAGCAGAUGAAGUGGUUUCGAUCGUCCAAGGGCCGUGAUUUUUCGUGGCAAGCUUGGGACCUCGGCGGGCCGAUUGAAGAGGUACCACGCCGGGCAGGCAGCGGCGAGAAAAGAGGGGGCGGUGCAAAAUCUCAUGAAGCCGGAAGCUGCGCCAGAGCUGGCGAUGGGUGUGGCUGGCGAGACGUCGCGACAUCCAUAGCGGAACAGUUUGAGUUGCCCAGGGAGAGGUUCGACGAGGAUUUGGGGGGAGAGUCCCAAGCCAUGUUGCGUAGCGAGAACCGACAGCGUGCGGGGGAUAUGAAGCGGUACGUCUCGGAGUUGUCGCUGCUCGGGGGCGGCGGUACCGAAAACGAAGCGUUAGGAAGAUUGGUUCUCGAAACGGAAGAGCUGGCGGCGAGAAUACGGCAGGCGCAGCACGAGCAAUUCCGAGAUGGGGCUAUUACGGAACGUCCGGCAAUGGAGGUUCAGGGGUGGCACGCGGGCAACCGCUAGCAAGGAUGGUCACUGGGAGUGCUGUUAUACUUGUUGCUGGUAUGUUCUCUCGACCAUCCACAAUCUCAAAAUCGAGUUGCGUGGGACCUUUGCGUGUUUGGUUUGAGAAGUGCAGACGUGACACGCAGGUGGAGUAAACACGACGGUUGCUACAAUAGGAGCAAGUGGUGGAACCCUUUCUUUG